CCAGAACUUCAACUAACCAACUACAUCCAAUCCAGCACACCAGCAUCACAUCACAUCGCAUUGCUCGUCUUUGCUGCCUUGUGCGCCUCGGGCCGCCUUUCUCAAGAAUUGGCUGUCGUCAAUUUUCAGUCGUCUUUCGCUUUUCCGCCCUUUAGCCUUGUUCGGAACCUGGGCGGUGCAAGGAUAUUACUUAACUUUCCUCUUGACCUCCAUCCCCCGAUUUCUGGUCCUGUCUCAUUGCAAAGAAAGAGGGCCGCACUGCAGUAUCACAGGUUGGGCAGCCAAAAAGGCGUACGACAACCAUCAUCUCUUCCUCCGAACAGAAUCAGUUGGGGAACAAUGCAUCUUACUUUACGACGAUGAGCACCAAGACUCUGUUUUCUUUCUGCCGGUCCGCUUCCAUUAAAUUCGCAUCCUGAUUUUCCUGAUAUACUGUCCUUUCUGUUUCUGUCAUCACCGCUGCAGUCUCAGCCGCAGCCUCAUCUCGUACCUGGUCAACCAUUGCUCCCAGUCUUCUGUCUCAUAUUUUUAUCGACAUUUCUACCGCCUGCACUACUGGAUCGGCCUUGUAACAUUGACCACAGCCCAUCAUGACUACUACCCAAAUGUCUCCUGAUCUUCCCAAACCCUCGUUUGCCAAGGUCGCUGCCUCCGUCUCCAAGGACUCCGCACCUCCAGCGAUUCGGCGGAUAGCCACACCAUCUAAAGAAGGAACCAUGAGCUCGACGACAAUACCAUCCACAUCCACCGCGCCCGUAAUCGCAAACGGCCGAUCUGGCAAGGCUCCAGUCGCAAGGUUGCCCUCGCCGCAACGGGAAUCAAAUAUCAACCUGACCAAUCUCGGAAGCGGUGAAGACAGCCUCGAGAGAUCUUUAAAGGACUUGAGCCUAAGGGAUAAAGCCCCUAACCUUGUCGUGAACGGUAGUGGACCUUUGGCUCCCGAGAGGCCUGCAGUCGUCGUUGGUAGAGACAGCGGAUCCGACGAUUCUCAACGAGCUGAUUCGAGUUCCGAACUCGGAACUAAGCCUCCUAGCCUGGAUGGAAAGAGCAUCACUUCAGGCACAACAUUUGCACUCGAUGAAAAGGAAUCGCUAAGACCUGACGAUAGCGCCAGUGUCAAGGCCGCUGCAGAAGAUGACGAUGCUUUCUCUGUACGCGGUUCAUUAGUUGCUGGAUCUCGCAUGGGCUCAGAGGUAGCCGCACGAGCUCGAAUGCUUCACCUGGGCGAUAUUCCGGAGCGAAGGCUACCACAACCAGUUCCAGGCACCGCAGCUCAAGGAGUUCUGACUCCCCAGAGCUCAUCAUCUGAACAACCCCCCGGUGCACCCAUGGGUACUCCUGGCUCCUCAGAUGCCCUUGGUGUCAUCUAUCGACAGGCGCCGGAUGAUAAACUUCUAGAAGCCAUGGCAUCGCCCAAGGACAGACUCUUUCUAUUACGGCUGGAGAAACAGGUCAUUGAUUUUGUGCAGGAUUCUAAAGAGCCCUACAUGGACCUUCCACCGUCCAACUCGUUCUGCAGAAUGCUAACACAUAAGCUGGCGGACUACUACCAUAUGACACAUUCAUUUGAGCCUCACGUGGGGUCUGUACGAAUAUUCAGGACGCCAUUUUGUCGAGUUCCCACCUCAUUGGCACUUAUCAACCCCAGCCCUACUGUGCCAAAUAGCAGCACUCCGCCUCCUGUUGUUCUACCCAAGAAGAUUAUGCGACGCGGCCAAGAUAGUGAAGGUGGCCCAAGUGCUAGCCCCUCGAAGCCAACUUCUGAGACAGGCAGUGAUGCUAAGGAUAAGCCCGCGGCGAACCAGAAACUUACUAGGGAAGAGCGAGAAGAGCAGUAUAAAUUGGCACGUGAGCGCAUUUUUGGUAACUCAGAAGACAGUGUCACGGAAGAGGGCGACAAUGGCGUUUCAAGAGCCAGUUCAGUGUCUGCCAAGGACAAGUCCAAUAUCGGAAAACGAGGUAAAACUGGUAAACAACGACGUGAUGAUUCGGACAGCUUCGAUUCACGACAUCAGUACACGCCCUAUUGGGGACCUCAGCAACAGACUUGGAUAUCCCAACCGCAGUACAUGCCGCCCCCCAAUACUCAAUACGGCGCCCAAGCACCUCCAGGGCCAGUAUACUCAGGUCAAGUCGCACCUGUCUACACACAUCAGGGUCCCGGAUACCCUGCGAUGCCAGCUAUGCCACCAAAUCAGGCAUAUCCUCAGUACUCAGCCCCUCCGUAUGCCCCUCAAGCCGCCCAACAGCGCUAUCCUUCUGGUGGAAGCCCUAUGACUAACUACGGUGCACCUGUUCCUCCGGUUGGCCCGCAGCAACCUGGUUGGCAACCGGGCCUUGCUCCUCCUACUCAAUACCAGGCGAGGGGAGGCACCCCAACCGGUCCUCAAGGGCAUAUGGGAAUCCCUUAUGCAUACGGGCAGCUCCCAGCAAAUAUCAACCCCCAUGAUCCCAAGAGCCAGCACCCAAUUCCCGGUAGUUAUAAUCGCAACCACGCCUUCAACCCAAAGACACAAUCGUUUGUGCCUGGUGGUGGGGGUGGCAUGGCUCCUGUCCAGCCUCCACAGCCGCCAUUCACCGCUCCCGGAUCCCAUCAUGGCAGUCCUCAAGUUGGCUCACCUCAUCUAGCCUAUCCUGGCGGUUAUCAACAGCCAAUGUCUCAGCCUUAUGGGGGCGGAUAUGGUAUGGUAAGGCAGGGGUCUAGCAACUCGAUGCCUGCAUAUUCUUCUCCUCGCGUUGCUCAUAUCCAACACGCACCGCCGCCACCGCCGCCUGUAAUGCCGCAGAACCCCCCACACAUGGCUCCCCAGCCUCUGCCCCCUCAUUAUAGUAUCCCCAAUCGACCUAACAUCCCACAAGUACCUAGCCAGCCCUUCUCGCAUUUGCCAACAUAUGGCAACCCCGCCACUCUACCCCAGAAACCAGCUACUGGAAUUUAA